AUGAUGUCGACUUCGACUCGUCGUGUUGUCCGUGCCCUUCACACUUCAUCACGUCUAUUAGCCGCUCCUGCUACUGCUGCUACUGCUACUGAUCAAGUUUCUACUUCUUCUUCUACCAAAGUAACACUAAAUCUGACUACACCUUAUCAGGCUUUUUACAAAAGUGCAGAGGUCGACCUUGUUCAGAUUCCUGGUGUGAUUGGAGAAUACGGUGUGACUGCUGGUCAUACGCCUGUAUUGGCACAACUGAAGCCUGGUGUCAUUAAGGUGCACGUUGAACGUGAGAAGGACGUGCAGAGCUUCUUUACAGCUGGUGGGUUUGCACUUACGCACGCCAAUUCGGUCACGGACAUUGCGUGUGUGGAGCUCGUCAAAGUCGAGGAUAUUGACCCGGAAGCGGCUCAAGCGGGUCUUAUUAAAUACCAGACGCAAUUGGCUUCAGCUCCUGAAGGAUCGGAAGAGAAACUUCAUGCGCAGAUUGGUGUGGACACUCAUGCGGCGAUGGUAGCUGCAGUCGUGAGCAACUAG